UUUUGUAUAUCGAAAAAACACGACAACUACUAAGGAACUACCAGUCAAGAUGAAGUGCAUCCUUGUGUUCGCCUGCCUUUUAAUUGCCCUGUGCCUAGCUGCUCCUGCUCCGGAUGCAGAGAUUGUUAACCAGGUGUCCGAUGUCAAUGCCGAUAGCUAUAGCUACAAGUUUGAGACGAGCGAUGGCACCAAGCAGGAGCAGCACGGAUCACUGAAGAAUCUUGGUCCCGAGGACGAUGCCUUGCAGGUGGCCGGAUCCUAUAGCUUCGUGGAUCAGGACGGACAGACGCAUACCAUUAACUACGUGGCGGAUGAGAACGGAUUCCAACCACAAGGCGAGGAUAUUCCCCAACUUUGAAUCGGAGUGUAAAGUCUAUGCCAAAAAUAAAUAGAAUUCGAGUGAAAAAACACGCCGUUUAAUCGUUGUAGGUUCAGAAACCAAAAUAAUGAAUACCCUUUUAAUAUCUAACUCAAUUUGAAUAAAGGUUUAAAACUAUUUUUAUGUUGAUCCGUAAUAUAUUUUAAGGAAAUAGAAACUUCGAAUACUUUUUAAGAAAA